AUGGUGUCGCCGGCGGCGGGAGGUGACGUGGCAGCGGCCGGGGAAGACCGCCCCGCCGGUUUCCUCGCCGACGACGACGAGCUGGACGACUCCGAGGAGGACGAGGAGGAAGUCGACGAGGAAACGGACGAGUUGGAGGACGAGGAGGACGAGGAUGAGGAGCAGAAGCCGCCGGCUGUGCUGGUCGGCCCGCCUAGGGUUCUCAGCGGAUCGUCUUCGUCCCCCUCGACUUCCCUUCUGGGCACCGCCACCGUCCCCAGUCCUAAUCCAAACGGUAACCCUGCCGCCGCCGCGGUUCCUGGGAAGCUGAACCCUGGCUUCAACGGCGGUGAGGCGGCGGCGGCGCCGCCGGGCGAUGUGGUGUCGGUUCCAGCCGUCGCCGCCGCGGACGAGAACGGCGGAUUCGACACCCCGCCGGAUCGGAAGAGGCAGAGGACGGAGCCCGGGUCGGAGCUGGUAGGGGAAGGGGCCGCCGCGGAGAAGAAGCCCCUGGCGAUUCUGGAGGACUCGCGGCGUCUCUUCCAGCGGCUGUUCACCGAUGAAGAUGAGAUCGCCAUCCUGCAGGGCUUCCUCGACUUCACCUCGCAGCGGAGCGCCACGGCGGCGCACCAGACGCACCACCACGACACCGGCCCCUUUUACGACCAGAUCAAAACGAGACUGCAGCUGGACUUCAACAAGAACCAGCUGGUGGAGAAGCUCCGCCGGCUGAAGAAGAAGUACCGCAACAUUAUGAAUAAGAUGAACACCGGCAAGGAGUACGCCUUCAAGAGCCCCCACGACCAGGCCACCUUCGAGCUGUCCCGCCGGAUCUGGGGCAACAGCAUCUACUCCCGCGGCGGCGGCGCCGGCCCGGACGACGAUGACGACGACGAUCCCACGCCUCAGCAGAUCGGGGACGAACAGCAUGGCGCUCUGUUGUCGAACUCGGAUCGCCGGAGGAUGCGGAGGCGGGGCCGGAGGAGGGUGCAUGUGGGUGCAGCAGCAGAGGCGCUGCUGCUGACGCCGGAGGCUCCAGUGGAGGUCAAGGUUGCGGAAAGCCACAUACCGACGGUGAUGGCCUCCGUGCCGAAUGUGAUCGAGGAGACGGUGAGGAGCUGCCUCUCUCCGCUGUUCAAGGAGCUCCUGUACAGCGCAGUGGGAGGACCGAUCGGGCAGCUGCCGCCGGGAGCCCCCCCCCUUGCAGGCACCGGCGGCUUUCCGGCGCCCGGACGCCACCACCACCUCAACCCAGUGCCUCUGAGCGUCAUCGGCAAUCCGGCGAGCCUGCCCAGCGCUACGGCCUUGGAUGAGAAGUGGCGGAAACAGCAGAUUCUGGAGCUGGAGGUUUACUCGAAGAGGAUAGAGCUCGUGCAGGACCAGAUCAAGCUGAUGCUCGAGGAGCUCCGGAAGUGA